GCAGGUUUUUUGGCAACAAGUUGCGUCAAUCGCAUCGGCGAUAAGACCACUAACACGAAGUUAAAAGUAAUAAUUAAAAAUGAUUUCUGUGUCGACGAUUGCCUCACCGGGGCAGAUUCAUUGAUGGAAGCAAUUGAAUUGCGUGACGAAUUAAUUUCAAUUAUGCGAGGUGGGGGAUUCGAAUUAUCAAAAUGGACUACGAACCAUACAGAUUUAUCUCAGAAUCAAAACAAAGAUGAAUUAAAGACCGUACCAAUGGAUAGAGAAAUCGUGAAAACUCUAGGUUUAUACUGGGAACCGAAAAGUGAUUACUACAUACGUACGUCGUACAAGUACCGUAAGUAA